AUGAAUUGCGAUGCAGCUCAACCGUGGAUGAUGUCGUAUCAUCCAACGACUCCAGACGUCUUCUGGACGACUUCUUCAUCAACGUCGGCGUCGACUACUCCAGAACAGUAUUUGGGAAGUGGAACGGCCUCAGGAUAUGCCUCAACCAAUUCUCCAGUUAAAACUGCGGAGAUCAAUCAACUCGGAGGAGUUUUUGUGAAUGGGAGACCACUUCCAAUUGAGAUGAGAUGUAAAAUUGUCGAGUUGGCAAGACAAGGAACCCGUCCAUGUGACAUCUCUCGUCAGUUGAAAAUCAGUCAUGGUUGUGUAUCAAAGAUAUUGACUCGAUUCUCUGAAAAUGGUACUAUCAUGCCAGGGACGAUUGGUGGAUCAAGACCGAGAGUCACUACUCCAAAAGUAGUUGAGUAUAUCCGAAGUCUGAAAAGAGCAGAUCCUGGUAUCUUCGCAUGGGAAAUAAGAGAUCGAUUGAUCUCUGCGGACAUUUGCGAUAGAGCGAACUUGCCGUCCGUGAGCAGCAUUAGUAGGAUUCUGAGAAAUAAAAAUGGCUCCAUCUCCACGUCUUCAAACUCCCAGCUUCGGUAUAUUAGAAAUCAAUUAGAAGAACAACAACAGCAACAUCAAUAUAUGGAAUUUAACAAUAAUGAUUUGAAUCAGAUGAAUGGAAACAUUGGAUACAAUGUGACUGCUCCGAACACUCCUCCAUCUUAUGACUCCUAUCAUUACAUGCCUCAUUGA